AUGUAUGCGCUGUGCAAAGCCGCAUUGCCCCAAAACUAUUUCAUGCGAUUCGUUAAUGUGAAUCCGAUGGCAAGCACUCACAACGGCAACAGCACCAAUAAUGUCUAUUCGAAUGUGUCACUGCAGGAUAAAGACUUACAAUUCGCUAGCAAAGAUGGUGAAGUAGCGGUGGGUCAAUUCAAUCAAGUGGUUGCCACCGGAACGGUUUGUCCAACACCAUCGCUUACGUCGGCCUUUCAUAAUCUAUCAGUGAUGAUCACAUCGAAGAACAUUCAAGUUGCCAAGGUGUUAAUCUCGUGUGCGCAAGCGAAUGCCUCACAGCUGAAUGACUGUUGGCAUCUGGUGCUGAAUUGUGUGCAGCAUUUGGUUUGGAUUCUCGAUAUGAGACCAACAAUUCAAGGAGGUUUCAUGAUCGAUGGUGAAAGUAGUAAUGAGAGUGGUAAUGCAUCCGGCUCAUCCACGGCAUUAAUGACUGAUUCUGCACCGACCCCGACCAGUGCGUCCACAUCGCCAAUGGUAUCAUCAAAUGUUGUGUUGACGACAGCCAUCCGAACGGAGGUCCGCACGAUCGGAUUGAUGUUGAAUAGAUUGUUCGAGUCGACGAAUCAGCUCGAUGACGUCUCGCUGCAUCACAUCAUCGCAGCACUCUGCAAACUCUCCUCUGAGAUAAUGCUCAUUCCACAGCAUCUCAUCCGGGAACCGUCUUUCUUUGCUGUCGCAAAACUGCAGCAGACAGCAAUGGCGAAUAUCGAGCGAAUCGAAGUGUUGUGGAAACCGAUCACGGCACAUCUCAUCGAGGUAUAUCUUUAG